AGAUAAAAUUAUGGUAUAAAUAUUUUUUUUUUACACUGUAUAAAUAUAAAUGUAAGAAAAUAAAUUUAUAGAAAAAAAGUUUUAAGAAAAAACAGUGACAAUUUUUUGAGCAUGUGGUGGGCUGAUUAUACAGUUCGGUGAUUGUGGCCCAGCCCGAAGACCGCAGCUGCCGAUCUCCAGUCACACGCAGACGCUGAAAUGUUAAGAUCACAACAGAGAAAGCAUCCAGCUUUGCAUACCAGUUACAUUUUACACCAUUGAAAUCUGUAAUCAGCCGCACUUCUCAUCAGUUCCUAAUUUAAUUUCAAUUGAUACAUUAUUCUAAGAGCUCAUAUAUAGAAAUGGCUUUAUAUAGAACUGCGAGGCGUCCACUUCAAAUGAUGCUGUUUAGUAGACUGGGUAACCCUGAGCAAAAUUAUUCUUCUUGGGCACGUAAAGAUGCUUCACAAUCUGCUUUUGGAAUGUUUGUUAGGCUAUUUAGUGCUCAUGCUCCUGCUGCAGCAGAGCAAAUGAGUCUCAUCAAGCAAUUGAGAGAAAGGACUAGUGCUCCAAUCAAGGAUGUCAAGGCUUCUCUCGUUGAUUGCAAUUGGGACAUUGAGGCUGCACAGAAGGAUUUGAGGAAAAGAGGGAAGGUUUUGGCCUCGAAAAAGUCUGGCCGAGCUGCAACUGAAGGGUUACUUGCAUUGGCACAGAAUGAAGGGAAGGCUGCUCUUAUUGAGCUUAAUUGCGAAACUGACUUUGUUGCCAGAAAUGAUAUAUUUCAGUGCUUGGCACUAUCUUUAGCAAAGCAAGCUUUGCUGACUGAGAAUACUGCUCAACAGGCUUCUGGAAUCCAUCCUGUUGGACCUGAGUGCUUGGAGGACUUGAUGAUAAAUCUUGAACAUCCAAAAAUAAGUGGAGAAACAACUGUUCAAAAUGCAAUUACUGAAGUAGCUGCUAUGAUGGGUGAGAAUGUGAAACUUAGAAGGGGUUUUGUCAUGUCUACAUCUUUGCCUGGUGUUCUGUCUACCUAUCUCCAUACAAGUCCGCAACCAGGUUUGGGCCGUAUUGCUGGACUUCUAUCUCUUGAGAUAGAGGAUGGAAAUUCGCAGUUGGAUGUGCUCCAUCAUGUUGGAUCGGAAUUGGCAAUGCAUGUGGUGGCAGCAAAACCAUUAUUCUUGACGAAGGAACUUGUUUCUAGUGACGCUUUAGAAAGCGAACGUGAAAUUCUCAAGUCUCAGGCAGAAAGCACGGGGAAGUCUCAAAUGGCAAUAGAGAAAAUGGUAGAAGGUCGUUUGCGUAAAUACUAUGAGGAAGUUGUUCUUAUGGAGCAGAAAUUUAUAAUAAAUGAUGCUGUAAAUGUGAAGACAGUACUAAACAAUCUAUCCAAGGAAGUGGGCUCACCUGUGAAGAUAGGGAGCUUUUUCAGAAUGGAGGUUGGAGAAGGAAUUCAAAGGCUAGAGGCAACAAGUGCAGAUGAACCUGUGGCUCAGGCUGCAUAAUUUGAGGUGCUUGUGCUCCUUAGUUCGUUUCAGCUACGUCGGGAGGCAUUAGUCUUAACAAUGUCAUUCUGAAGUUGAGGGCAUAUUUAGAUUACAAUCAUUUGAUGAUCUCAGGGAAAUUUUCUGGAAUCAGACAUCCAAGCUAGUGCAAUACCCAGCCGAUUCUUUUUGUAAGAGUUUUGAUAUCACCUUGGAACAAUGAAUUGCUGUUUUAGAUUUUAUUAUAGGAACUCUUCUGCAAUUUGAGGAAAAAAGAAAAAUGAUAUCCUAUAAUCACUUCAGUGACAUUUGUAAUUUGGUUCAUCUUUUACUGCUUGUUUGGAGAUGUCAAACAAGUAUUUCGCAAGAACUGAGUAAUCCUACUUACUUCAGAAAAGUUUUACUGAGGCCUGAGCUAUUCUGUAGUCCCCGCCCAAAAUUGCUCCUCAA